AUGUGUAUCGAGCAGAUGAUCACCACCGGAAAGGUUCGUGAACAGCAAGUUCGACAGUACCUUCAUGAAAAUGAGUUUCUUCUACGAACUCCCACGGUUCAAAGUAACGGUGUUCAGCAACCACCCCCAUCGCUAGCUGCAUUUGCCGACAUAUCCACUGGAGAUGAUUCAGAAGAAGAAGAUGAUGAUGAUGACGAUGAUGAUGAUGAAGUUGAAAUGGCAUCCACUUUACUCCAACUCAUGCGAGAUGAUGCGCGUUUGGAGGCUCUUAACGCUGUGCAUAUUGAGAAUAUUAUUGCAGAGAGAGAUUCUUGUGCUCACCUUAAGGUAAAUCGCUUUCCCAUUUUUAUUCUCUCUACUGCUGCUAGUGAGCACCGAGUUUAG